CACCCCAAUUCCUGGCAACCGAUCUCGCUCGCCUUGCCUCCUGCCCAUUCAUCAGCCGCUCCUUGCCCCCUGGCGCUCCUUCUUUAUUCAGAUCCGCCGAGGGGAGCGCCGGGGCAGAGGCGAAAGGGUGGUCGCCGUCGUCGCUCUUUGCGCGCGCUCUCCCCGCCUGUCUCUCUCAGCGAAUCCAGAUGUGCCAGCUGCGGAGCCCAAGUCCUCCUCGGGAAGGGAGCCUCGGUUAAAGCUGCUCUCCUCCACCCACCCCAACGGCAGAGAAAGUGUGGGGGGCGAAAGGCAAGAGAGAGACAGACAGACAGACAGACAGAGAGAGAGACUGGGUGGUGGUGGUGGGGAACCCACACAAUCCCAAGGAGGAGAAAGAAAAGGAGCUCAGGAGCUACAGGAGCGCGCGGAGAGGAAGCACCUCGGAAGAGAGCAAAGGUGGUGAUCCCAGGUGUGUGGCAGGAGCCUCUCUCCGCAACUUCCCUGUUUAAAAGAGGGACACACGGUUACCUUUGUCUGCCUUCCGAGAUCAACCUAGCUCUCUACCGUUUCAAAACCAAAUCCAACUCUAAACCAAAACGGUUUUGGGUUGGAGGGAGGGUUUUAGGGGGGGAGUGGGGGAGAAGCCCACAGGAAUGGAGGUAGCCACGGACCAGCCGCGCUGGAUGGCCCAUCACGCCGUACUGAACGGGCAGCACCCGGAGACCCAUCACCCGGGACUGGCUCAUAACUAUAUGGAACCAGCGCAGCUCCUACCUCCGGACGAAGUGGAUGUCUUCUUCAAUCAUCUGGACUCCCAAGGCAACCCGUACUAUGCCAACUCGGCCCAUGCCAGAGCCAGAGUUUCCUACAGCCAGGCGCACGCCCGCCUCACCGGGAGCCAAAUGUGCCGGCCUCACUUGCUCCACAGCCCCGGCCUGCCCUGGCUGGACAGCAGCAAAGCGGCUCUGUCGGCGGCGCACCAUCACAACCCGUGGACGGUGAACCCUUUCACCAAGGGGCCCUUGCACCCUUCGGCGGCCGGCGCGCCGCCCGGCGCCAUCUCGGUGUACCCCGGCGGCGGCAGCUCGGCGUCGAGCGCGGCCUCCGCCUCGUCGCUCACGCCGGCCUCGCACUCGGGCUCGCACCUCUUCGGCUUCCCGCCCACGCCGCCCAAGGAAGUCUCCCCGGACCCCAACGCCGGCAGCAGCGCCGCCUCGCCCGCCUCGGCCUCGGCCGGCCGGCAAGACGACAAGGAGCCGCUCAAGUACCAGGUGUCCCUGGCCGACGGCAUGAAGAUGGAGAGCGCCAGCCCGCUGCGCAGCAGCCUCGCCGCCUCCAUGGGCGCGCAGCCCUCCACGCACCACCCCAUCCCCACCUACCCUUCCUACGUGCCCGCCGCCCACGACUACGGCGGCAGCCUCUUCCACCCGGGGAGCUUCCUCGGGGGGCCCGCCUCCAGCUUCACCCCCAAGCAGAGGAGCAAAGCCCGGUCCUGCUCAGAAAGAAAUCCGGUUUCUUCGUGUUUCCAUUUAGAAGGCAGAGAGUGUGUCAACUGUGGAGCUACUGCCACCCCUCUCUGGAGAAGAGACGGUACUGGGCAUUACCUGUGUAACGCCUGUGGGCUCUACCACAAAAUGAACGGUCAAAACCGACCUCUCAUUAAACCUAAACGGAGACUGUCAGCAGCUAGGAGAGCAGGAACUUGUUGUGCCAACUGCCAAACAACCACCACCACCUUAUGGCGACGUAAUGCGAAUGGGGACCCAGUGUGCAAUGCCUGUGGACUGUACUAUAAAUUGCACAAUGUGAACAGGCCUUUGACUAUGAAGAAGGAAGGAAUUCAGACCAGAAAUAGGAAAAUGUCUAACAAGUCGAAGAAGAGCAAGAAAGGCUCUGAAUGCUUUGAGGAACUUUCCAAGUGCAUGCAGGAGAAAUCUUCUCCAUUCAGUGCUGCUGCCCUUGCCAGUCACAUGACACCGAUGGGGCAUUUGCCACCUUUCAGCCACUCUGGACAUAUCCUGCCAACGCCUACCCCCAUUCACCCAUCUUCCAGCAUCUCAUUUGGACAUCCACAUCCAUCCAGCAUGGUCACAGCCAUGGGAUAGAAUCUGAAGAUCCUAACAGAGAACUUGAAAACACUGGGCUUUGCCUAUAAGACGACAGCAAGGGAAAAAAUCUGCCCAGAGGAGAGAAUGUAGGGAAGGAAGAGGAACGAAAGGGGAUCUCAUUCCAGUGUGGUUCGACUCCUAGCGCUAGACUAAAACUUUGCAGUGAUGGGUCUUCUGCAGAAAUGCUUAAUGGUGCCUGUUAUGCACUUUGCCCCCUCAGGUAAAUGGAGAAAGAGGAACUCACCUGUCUGAAAUGAUACCUUCUGGUCCCAGCAGAAAGAAAAGGUGGCUGAAGCAGUCGAAGAAGCUGGAGCCAGCUUUCCUUUCUCUUUGUUAAUUACUGUGAAUAUUGUAAAGAGAUUAGCAGCCUCCCAAGGCAAGAGGAAGCUCAGUGGUAGCCGCCCAUGCUGGAUUUCUAUCACAGACUUUGUGUUCAGGGGAGGAAAAAUGGACAACUUUAUAAAAAAAAAUAAAUCUACUUUUUAAGAAAAGAAAUCAGAUACAGGAAAAAAAAUCAUUAUUUAUUUUGCUCUUGUGUUCCAGAAAGAGCUUCAAAACUCUUGCAUGUUCUUGUGGAUCUUAUUUUAUUUUUUUAUUUUGUUUAAAGAAACGUCCACCCAGGUAAAGUUUUUUUUAAAAAAAUCUUCUUCUUAUUGCUUUAAUGGCCACUCUUGAUUCUCUUCAUCGCUGUUAGACUUUUAAAAAAUCUACUAGGAAGGGGCUGUGUACGUGAAAGAGGGAGACAUUUGGCGCUGACCUAGGUUCCAACAGCCUCAAGGUGCAGAUUAUUUUGACAUAAUUUCUGUAUUCAUUUUUGUCAAUGUGAAGGUCUUUUGUUUAAAAGCGUGGCAUCCUACAAGAAGACCAAGAUACACUGGACAAAUGGCUAAAAGGUUUUUCCAUACCGAACAGUCCUGCAUUGGCCGGAGGGCUAAAAUGCACAAAAUCGGCAUUUCUUCCCCAUCAUACCUCUCUGAGCAUCUAGUUGGUUGUAGAAAGUGAUAACAGGUGUACUCGCAUCCCAGGCUGCCCUUCUCUCUUGCUCCUUCCCAACAGCAGGUCUGAACUGCAUCUCCUCCAGUCAUGGAUUGUGUUGUUUUAGAUAGAGCACACCAGUCCACUAAGUUCCAUGAUUUGCUCCAUCCGCCUAGCUUGGGGGUUGCCAACUUUUUUGGGAACCCAUGGGCACAUUCAGAAAAUGGGCACAACACACACACACACACACCACAGCCAAGCAUACAUUGCAAUCCAUUCUAUUGACCGCAAUAGAAUGCUUCUUUCAUUGUCUGACAUCAGCGGCAGGAGGGGACCCCUGGGCGCCAAGGGAGACUUCUGUGGGCACAUCUGUGCCUGCAGGCACUGCGUUGGCAAUCUGCGAUCUAACUCCACAACCUCUGUGCCCUAUCCGCUCUCAACCUCCCGGUCGGUGCAGGGCUGCCGCACUGUUUCUAUCACUCCUGUUAUCUGUGCCUUCUUUCCCUGUUCCCCCGUCUGCACAAAGACAUGCCAUUCACACCAAAAAGCCCUACUAACUCCUGGCACUAGGAGCCCCCAGAACCUAAAAACGUCCCUCAUCGAGGCACCACCUUUAUGCAUUGCUCUUGUUCAGUCUCCAGUCGCUCUGAUGGUUUUUGUGUAGAGUUCUUGUUUCAUACGAACCUAGGAAGCUGCCUUAUACCAAGUCAGAUGAUUGGUCAGUCUAGCUCAGUAUUACCUACAGAGACCGAUGGCAACAACUCUGCCAUCUUUCCCAGCCCCACCUUGAGGGUGGGGGGGGUGCCCUGUUUGUGCUGCAGCACAGGCAGUUUGGUAUAGUGAGCCACCCUAACACUGAUUCAGACCCUCCUUGUAUCCUGCUCAGUACAGUCUGCUGAGAUUGGAGGUAUGGCAGGUGGUCUCCCAGGUCUCGGGCAAGAGUGUUUCUUUUCUCAGAUGGUGAUGCCAGAUACUGAACCUUUGACACAUAAAACCCUGGAGCUGUAGCCCUUGCUUUAGUGGUCUGUGCCCCUGGAUCUAACACGCAACCCUUAAUUCAGGGCAAGGGAAAGAAAACCAUAUUAAGGAUCUGCUUUUGUUUUGUCUGUUUGAUUAGCAGACCUUGCCCAAGAUACUAAGAAAUGUUACGGUAGCUAAUUCCCUACUAGAUGUUUUAAAUAAUGCAUCCAGAGCUGGAGUUUGCCAUCUGUAGGCAUGCAUGUCACACAGCACCUUUCCUUGCUGUGAAACUGGUGAAGGGCGGAAAAUAGGUGAAGGUCUAUAAGGGAGAGUGGUGGAAGAGAGAGUCGUCCAGUAGUUCAGACAUAGCAACAGCUACUGAGUGAUGGGAAAGUGAUCUGCUACUGGGGAGCAUAGACGGGUAUGCUGGCCGUUUCCUAUAGCACAUAUAUGUUUGUUUGUUUUUUGUAAGGAAAAUCACAAAUGUUGAGAAACAGAAAAGAAGUUAUAUCCCAUUCUGAAACCAUAUUGUACGUAAACAACCGAAAAAUAAAGCUCUUGCCAGUGUGAAGUGUAUCCCUAAUUGUUAUGAUCUGAUGACUUACAUGAUCACAAGGUCCAGUAUAACAUAUGAUGUACAUAUUUAGCUAUAUUUCUGAUGAGAAAAAAGCCCCUGUGAGCAAAGGGGUUUGAUAAUGUAAACCGCAUAAGCUUAAUUCUGUGACGAGCUUUUUCUUGUUUGUUUUUUUAAUGGUUUUUUUUUAAUCAAGCCAAUUGUAUCUUAACUGCAAAAGUCUGCUUAAAACAAAAAACAAAGGUGUACGUUGGUUUUGGUUUCUCUUUCCUGCCCCCCCCCAAAUAUAUAAUUCAGCUAUUUUAUAAAGAACGAAGGACCAAGCAUCCAAAGUGAAAAGUUGCUUUCCUCCCUUUUCUGGUUGGUGUGGGCAUAUAUAGCUGCACUUUGUGAAGAAAUAGAAAUAAUCGCCAAAACAAAUGAAAGAGAAAUUCUGUCUGGGAGAAAUGGCAUCUUCAAUUGACAAAGUGGGAAAUUAAACUACCUUUUAUAUUUAAGGGAGGCGGAGGGCUUUAAAAAAAAUAAUGGUACAGUUAUACACGAUUUGUAACUCAAUUCAAAUUCUUUAGGGGUGGGAGUGGCUGGGUGAGAGCAUGAGAGGCUUCAUGACAUUGGGGGAGAAUAGCCGCCCAGUGCUGCUGCUGCUCCACAAUCUUCCUUUGUCUCUGUGGGGUGAGUCCUCGACAAGCCCCGCUUUGGUGAAUGGAGAUUGUGCAGCAGGAGUGCUUGCUGGGUAGGGUCCACACAGUCGACAAAGUGCAAUAUAUUGUCAGUCACUGCAGCGUAUAAGAACCGCAGUCAGGAUUUAAAUUAUUUUGUACUUGUAUCAGCAUAAAGAUUUGGCAGUAUUUUCUGUUUUGUUUUUUAAUUUUGGCUUAAUUUUUGGUUUAGUGAACUAAGUUAUUGUUAAUUAUGUACAACAUGUUUAUAUAUUGUCUGUAAAAAAAAGUGUAUGCUUCCCUCAUAUUCCUUCAAGGUGAAUACUGCUAAGAAUAAUAAUAAAAAAUACCCCCUUUUUUGUGAAA